CUCAAUCUGUCACCGCUACGUGGCUCGUGUCUGUGUCUCGUUCGUUCAUCGCCGUUCUCCAUUCGCGACGAAAGUGCUCAAACCUCAACAAACCGCUGCCAGUGCCGUAUUUCAGUGCGAAAAGAAAAAGUUCCUGCUCACGUUCCCACAAUGAACCCGAAAGCCGUUCUCCUGUUCGCCCUGGUUGCCGUUUCGGCUUCCCUGUGCCGGGCCAGUUCCUGCACCAGCCCGGAAGUAAAAUCGAGCUUCUUCUCCACCUCGGAUGCCACUAUUGUGAGCCAGAUUGCUUUCGUGACGGAGUUCAGCCUCAAGUGUUCCAAUGCCGGUGCGGAGAAGCUUCCGCUGUUUGCCGAGGUCGGCGGAAAGCUGGCUCCGGUGGUGCGCGUUGGCGACGGAAAGUAUCAGGUCAGCUGGAAUGAGGAAAUCAAGAAGGCCAGCAGCGGCAAGUACACCAUCCGGCUGUUCGACGAGGAAUCGUUUGCUGCCGUCCGGAAGGCCCAGCGCGCCGGCGAAGACAUCCAAUCGGUGAAGGCCCUUACCAAUGUGGUGGUCAGCUUCCCCGGUGCCUACAAGGGUCCCUGGAUCAACUCGGAGAUUCUGGCCUCGGGAGUGGUCGGAUUCGUGGCCUACGUGGCGUUCUCCACGCGCAGCAAACUGUUGGCGUAAGCGGGGAGAGGAGAUUUGAGAGGAGUUUACUUUCACCAUCAUCAUCACCAUCGUCGUCGUUUGGUUGGACGAUAGCUUUCGUUCGAUUUUCGGUUUUUUCUAUGGUGAGCAUUUUUGAUUCUCUCAUUCGUUUCUUCGUACAAGUAGGGAAUUUAAUUUAUGAAAAUGUUUUGUUUGUAUGAGAAAUUAGAAGAAGUCCAAUCAUUUCUCCACCCGGACACAUGUUCUAGAUGUGAUCUGGAAAUGCUUCUUCUUUAGACUGGAUUAAGAGCGUACGAAUAAAAUGCUUAAAUCGAAAAA